CAGUGGGAGCGAACUUCAACCUAGGACAUCAGUGUGACUGAGCAUGUGACCAUGUACGUGACGCCGCGUUUGUCGUGACUUGUGACCACAACGGCUUCGACACGCUCCACGAUGUCGAGGGCCAUGACUACAGCUCAGGUCAUCGGCCUGGGCGAAUAUCUUAACCCUGAAUUUGAUCCUGCCACACUUACAGUAGCUCAACUUCUUGGUGUUCUUGGAUAUCACAACAUUAGAUUUCCGACUCCUUACACCAAACCAAAACUAGUGCAGCUUUUCCUUGAUGAAGUCAAGCCGAAGGCAGCCAAGUUCAAGAAAGACAGACUAAAGAAGGAAAACAGUGCUGCUAGCGAUGAUGGAAUAACCGAUGGCAUGACGGGGAAACCCCUCAGUGGUGCAACUAAGCCAAGGCGAUCUUCCAGGAGACUUUCUCAUGCACCAUCUGAUGACGAUGAGCCGCCACCUCGACCAGAUCCGCCGAAGCGCCGUCGUUCGUCAGCACAACCCAGCCUUGGUGGCGCACAUAAAACUAUUGCUCGCGCCGCCGUGCAGCCCGCAGUUAUUGAGGAAAGUGAACCUGAAGAGGAAGACCCACCCUUGCGUAAGGUCGGCAGGAACAAGAAGAGUUCACGAGCUGCUGGCUCGCAAGCGCGCAGAAUCUCGCUUGCAGAUGACAGCGGAUGGGAGGACAAUAACAUUUUCCAGUCUGGAGCUGAAUCAUCUUCGCCUGCACGGCCGUCUCCUAUGCGUCCUCAAAGUGCUAGGAAAAGUGGUUCUGUCAAGAAGUCACGCCACUCAAUGUCAGCACCUCCCCAAGCAUCUCCGUCUUUAUCUCCUCCGAAAGCGCUUCUCUUCCCAGUAGAUCUACAACGUUCUCCUCCGCAGUCAAAGUUUGAGCCAGAACUUCCUCCCACGAUUUCAAGAGCGCCCCGAAUUUCAACUCCGUCGGAGACGGUUCGUUUCAGUCCCAUCGAACAUCUGUCUAGGCCGAGACCUCCAUUGACAUCCAAGGUCAAUGCCCUUGAUUUUGAUGACGCCACAGAUGUAGUUGAUGGCCAGACUCCUGAUGAAAGCCAGAGCGACAGUUUCGGGGAACCUGAUUCGCUAGAGGUUGCCGUAUCCAAUCGUAUAGCUGGUGGUGACCAAUUGGUUCGCCGGCGCCCGGCCCCUCCGCUGCAACGCUCUAGGUCUCGUUUGUUGACAAUUCUCUACCUAAUUGUGAUGGUCGCCGGUUCCUACUUUGUGAAGCAGUACAAAGAUGAAUCAUCCCUCAUUGGUUACUGUGAUACUGGCAACAACACCAAUCAGGUUCUACGGGACCUUGUAACCCAACGGGAGGCAGUCCAGGCUUGUAACAAAGAUAAUAAGACAGUUCUAUAUCUCCCGUCGGUCAUAUCGGAUACUGGGUUGUUCGAGGAUGGAAUUCCAUGUCCAUUUCCACCAUUCGUUCCAGCCUUGUAUCCCUCAACAUGUGCUCCUUGUCCAGAAUUUGCGACUUGCACGCGACAUUCAGUGGUCUGUAACCCUGGUUAUGUAUCCCGUCCACACCCUCUUCUUGGCAUCAUAUCACCUUUCGGCACCGCAACCCCUCUUGUGGAAAGCAUAUGGAGCUUGAUUGGUAACGUUACCAAUGGCUUACCAGGUUUGGGACCUGUUGCGUUUCCCCCACGUUGCAGUGAAGAUCCGAAACGGAAAAGGAAUAUAGGCGCCUUGGGCAAAGCGAUAGAGGUGCUUCUCGGUCGGGUGAUCGACAACGAUAGUGAAGGGGGCGAGGCCAUGAAAUGGGGUCUAGAAAUCGAGAUGCUGAGGAAUACAAUGAAGCGCAAAACAGCACCGCAUCUUCUGGCCAAUUUUGAUGACACGUUCAAUGAAGCCAUACAACAGCUAGUCCAAUGGGGUUCCGUAAUUUUUGGGGAGGACAGCACAGGAAAUCGUUAUUUGGCUCAUAAGACGCCACACUUGACUUUGAAUUGUCAAUUUACUGUCAAGUCUAGGGAGCUUUGGGAACAGUGGCGAGCGUCUGUGUAUGCAUCUAUUGCAUGUGUGCUCGCGUUAUAUUUCAUAAAGCGAUCUCGGGCGCUCCGCCAUAUCGAGGGGAGACGUGUGGCAGAAUUAGUGCAAAUCGCACUUGAUACUUUGCGUAAUCAAGAACUUGCGCACCACACGGAUCCAGUGACGGCACCGCAGCCAUAUUUGUCCUCUCUGCAACUUCGUGAUCUCAUCUUACAGGAUGAACAUUCAAUAUCAGCUCGAAGAAGACUAUGGGAUCAAGUGGAGCGUGUGGUCGAAGGGAACGCCAAUGUGAGGGCAAACCUUGAAGAAGUACAAGGUGGGGAUGAAUUACGUGUCUGGCGAUGGGUAGGAUCUACGGGUGGACCAGAAAUUCGGAAGGUUCAAUUUCAGACGCAAAAGGAUGAAGUGAACACUAAUGCCCUGUGAAGCACCCCGGUUCUAUGACUAGUAGUAGUAGUUGAUCGAUUUAUUGUUGUUUCUCUCCUAUAUAACGUCUUUAUCCCCUCAAUCUUAUUCACAAUACUGGUGGCCAAACCGUCGUUUAACCAAU